UGUGACUCGCUCAUUGGUCGCUCAACUGUCUGGAGCACCAGCAGAUGAAGCACUUCAUCCGGAGGAGCUCUCACACACGGCUCUUAUGAUGUACCCUCAUCUAAACUUACUUUGUUAUACUCAUCUGCCUACACAUCGUCCGGUUAACUGUUAACGUUUGACUGAGUUUACUUUGAAGAACGCAGCGGGAGAAACUUUUUCAUUAUAUACGAAUACAGCUGCGGAAGGAAAAAGCAACGAAUUGCGAUGGAUGCCUUGAAAUACAGAUUAUUUGUUUUAACACUGAGCUUCAGGUUGUCUGCGGUUGGUGCUUUUCAGAUGUGUGACGUGGUAAAUGAGAUUGAGCUGGCGAAGGAGAGAUGUGAGAAUCAAACCGCAGGAAACGUCACAUCAGGCUGCAAAGGAAUGUGGGAUAUUAUAGCUUGUUGGCCACCAGCCAGAGUUGGAGAACAUGUGGUGAUCCCGUGUCCAAAUUACUUCAGACACUUCUCAGAUCACCAUGAAGGUAACCUCUCAAAGACCUGCACUGAUGACGGUUGGACUGAGAUGGACCCCAUGACCAUUGCUGUAAAUUGUGGGUAUAACCUUAACGGCACUGUUGAUGAUGACAGUUUCUUUAGAACUGUGAAGAUUGGCUACACCAUCGGACACAGUGUUUCUCUUAUUUCCCUCAUUACUGCCAUUGUAAUGCUUUGUAUAUUUAGGAAACUGCACUGCACUCGAAACUACAUCCACAUGCACCUGUUUGUGUCCUUCAUCUUGAAGGCCAUAGCAGUCUUUGUGAAAGACUUGGUUUUGUAUGACGUCAUUCAAGAGUCUGACAACUGCUCUACUGGAUCUGUCGGCUGUAAGGCUGUGAUCGUCUUCUUCCAGUAUUGCAUUAUGGCGAGCUUCUUCUGGCUCCUGGUGGAAGGUCUUUAUCUUCAUGCUUUAUUGGCGGUUUCGUUCUUCUCGGAGAGGAAGUACUUCUGGUGGUACAUUCUGAUUGGUUGGGGAGGUCCAGCCCUUUUCAUCAUGGCUUGGAGUUUUGCCAAGGCUUAUUUCAACGAUGUUGGGUGCUGGGAUAUAAUUGAGAAUUCAGACCCAUUCUGGUGGAUUAUCAAAACCCCCAUAUUAGCCUCAAUCCUGAUGAACUUCAUCCUCUUCAUCUGUAUCAUUCGCAUACUGCGUCAGAAGAUCAACUGUCCGGACAUCGGCAGAAACGAAUCCAACCAAUAUUCGCGACUGGCAAAGUCAACACUAUUGCUGAUUCCGCUCUUUGGGAUAAACUUCAUCAUAUUCGCUUUUAUUCCGGAAAACAUAAAAACCGAGCUAAGGCUGGUCUUUGACCUCAUUCUUGGGUCGUUUCAGGGUUUCGUGGUUGCUGUGCUCUACUGUUUCCUGAAUGGAGAGGUCCAAUGUGAGAUCAAGAGAAAAUGGAGACGAUGGCACCUGGAAAGGUUUUUGGGUCCUGACACCAAAUACCAGCACCCAUCCAUGGGCAGCAACGGCAACAAUUUUAGCACACAGAUCUCCAUGUUGACUCGCUGUAGCCCCAAGACUCGGCGGGCUUCAGCAUGCCAGGACGAGUCAUCCAUCACUGUCUAAUUUACCACCUACAAGGCAGAACGGUGAUGUAAUUGUCCAUUUGGUAUAUUACCUCACACCGGAAUGAGCUUAAGAGGACCAAAGUCAUGAAGAUCAUUUACUGUGUUGUGGAAGUGUUCGCCUUGUAAAUAUCCACUCAUUCACUUAAUGUGAACAAGCGUGAACGUUCGUUCAGUGUUGUGAACUGGAAUUCGACACGUGUACAGGCUGCGUUAAUUCAUGAGCUGUUGUUCGGAAUGUAUCCUUCACCAAAUUCUUGUUUGACAUAAUUUGAUGAUAGAGUUGUAAACAAUGUCAGGCACUGAGAAGCGUUUGCCAUCGAUACAUGAAACCUGUACAUCAAGAUUAGAAAGCUGUGAGAUGCAGUUUUAGACUCAUUUAGUGCAGACUUGUCCCUGCAGGGACACAAAUUCGACAACAUCAUCAAAAAUGACUGACGAUGCCGUGUUGGAAAAAAGGUUAGGGAUUCUCCACCUGGAGUUCUUCUUUAUGAAAUAAUAUUUUUGCUUACAAGUUUAAAAAAGCAACCAAAAGUGGAUUGUUGAAUAUCCAAUAUAUGGAGAUACACUGUAGAGACCAAAUGUUUCUAAACAUGUUGUUCAUAUAAUUUUUUUAAUGACGUUUUCAGACCAGCGUGUUUGUGCAUGCGCAUGUGUGUGUGCGUGUGUGAAAUUGGCAUGUUUGAAAGCCGAAUGCCCUUCUCUGCACUAUCAUUUCAGAUCAGUCAUCCAGCAGACAGUCAACAUUUUGUAUGCAUGAUUGAUUCAGUGUCAUUGUGCCAUGUAUCACUGUGGGUUUAUGGUCGAAUGUUAAAUCCUUUUGUGCGUGGAACAAACGCUCCUUUGUGACAUUAACACUGACAUUUGUUGCUAUCAGAUAGUGCUUGUAAAAUCGACUUUGAAGAUGUUGAUUGUUCAUCUUAAUGACUAGUGCAAACACAUACGUCGACCUGUGUAUCAAUUCAUGCUAACAAUGAAAGUAAACUGAAUUAAUAACUAGCGCUAUUACAGUACAUAUAACGCUCCACAUUGUCAACAGUGUUUAUCCGUGAUCUUCUGGCAUUUGUAUACUUUCCAUUCUUUAGCCAAUAGAAGUUUCCAUUAUACUGUGAGACAGAAGAGGUUUUUACAUACAGUUCUUGUGGUGUCAAUGGCAAGUAAUGGUCCGUGCUCGUUCAUCUAGAAGGAUUUUAGGCUUUGUGUACAAGCUAAAGAAAUAAAGAAAGCCAGGGCAUGCUGUCACUAAUGUUCCUGUCUCACUGCGUUGCUCAUAUGAAUGGACUUCCAGCCAAUUCCGGCAAGUCCUGGAAAUCUAGCUCAAACUGGGUCACCGUGGAAAGAUAACAUUUAGACUGGAAUGUGUUUUUUAUGUCUUUAUGUGCAGACAGAGUGUAAAAUAAUCAUGUACAGUCACAUGGAAUAUAUAAAGGGAAUGUAGAGUGUAUGAACUGUAAUUUCUAUGAUGUGUCACAAAGAUAUAACAUAUUUAAAGAAUACGUAUGAAGCCUCAAAUCACUGCCCUCCAUCGUGUGUUUUAUUUUUAUUGAAACAUGAGUGGCCAGAUUACCUCUCAACUAUUUCAAUAAGGAAUGUAUAUAAACUUAAGUGAAAACUUAAUUUUGUAUCACUUUUAGUUUAAUUGUUGACAGUGUAUUUGUGGAUUUUGUAUAGGCGUUUAGUUUUGUCAAGGUUUUGGAACGAUGUACAUAUGGUGUUCAUUAAUUAUAGGUGAAGCUUAAUGUGUCGGCACACAGCAGAAGAACUGGAUGUUUAUAAGAACCGUCUAAGUGCUGUGAAAGAAUUUGUCUGUACCGCAUGCUACACUCGUAACAUACUGUACAUUUGACGUUGUAAAUUCACAAUAAAAGCAACUUGU